AUGGGAAAACAAUAUAUAUCUACCGCAACUGCUUCGGAUGCCCAUAAACUGGAUAUACUUGCAUUAUCAGUGACUGAUAGAUACACAAUCACUGUAUCAAGUGAUGGAUAUGCUAAUUUUUGGGAUAACAAGAAAUAUGAAUUGCAAGAGCCUAAUGAUGUUGUUGUUAAAGAAUUUGUAAAUAAAAUGGGGGUACAUCAUGUGGUAACGUAUGAGAACAUUUUGUCAGGAUCUCAUGUGAAGGUUGUUCUUAUAGCAUUUGCAAGCUUUGAUGGAUCGAUUAGCUUCAAAUAUUUCAUAAAUGACGAAUUAUCGAGCUUAAAGGACGCAGAAAUAGGGUUGGGGGCCAACAGCGCAAACUGGAGUCCUUGCUUCUACAAGGAUCCCGAAUCGAAGCAGGAUUAUUUUAUUGUGACUCAGGCAAACGGAUCAGCAUUAGUGUAUUAUUUGAAUAUCGAAUCAAACAAGGAUAGCGAGGAUAUAGUGAUUAAGCUCGAGAAAUUUGGGGACCUUAAUAAUGCCAAUUCGACUUUGUUUCCGAAUUCUGUGGCGGUUUCACCUGGUGCUGAUAAAAAGAUUGCAGUGGGUUAUACCAAUGGUGAUGUUUUGUUGUAUGAUUUAACCACUUUAAAGCCGAUUUAUACUUUCCGUUCUACUGAUUUACAAGUAUCCAGUAAAUCUACAACCGCUAGUUCUAUUCCAAGGGUUCUUGCAUUUUCACCAGGUGGGACUUUGCUAGCAGUUGCUCGUGAUAACCAGUCUGCGGGCUCCAUCACCUUGUAUGAUGUGAAAUACGGAGAAAAUGUAGGCUCGUUGACUACUCCUUCACAUUCAUCAAAAACAACCAUUGGUGGAUUUGCACACGAUGGAUGGAUUAUGGGGUUGAGUUUUGACGAAAGUGGCGAAAUACUAGCCAGUUGUGCUUUUGAUAACUGUGUUAGGAUUUGGAAUAUCGAAACCAGAGAAAGGGAAGCGACUAUUAAUAUAUCCACAAGCGACUUGGAAAGCAGCAAUGGCAAUGAAUUGGAUAAUAGUAUUGCAAGUGGAGUUCAAUUUAUUAAAAAAGGGAUUAGAGCAGGUGCUAAUGGUGAUAGCAACGAGGGCUUAUGUGUUAUUAGUUUUGAUAGAGCAGUGAGAUGGUAUAGAGAAGCAGGAGGUAUUUAG